GGCUCAGUGGUCAGCUUCCUCGUGGCAGAUAAGCUGAGCUACCUUCUCUCCCUUUCCUGGCUGUUGUCUUGCCCUGAGCUUGAGACGGGAUGGACCACCUGCUCUCUCUGGCUGGAGACCCCUGGGUGGCAGGAAAGCAAAGGGGUCCCACACUGCCCCAUUCAGGAAUCCCCUUCCUCCAAAAUACUCUCUCCUGGGACAGGUGCCCAUUCUGUUCUCUAGGCCUGGUCUUUUCCUAGCAGGAAGGAAACUGAGGCACAGAGUGAGGAUAGGUCUGAGGGCCCUCACGUGGGCUGGCCUCACCCUCAUCCUAGGAGGGCAGUUAGGUAGGGACACUGACCCGGGGGCUGGAGGAGGGGCAAGAUGGCCAGGCGUCCAUGCCAUGGUACUGCAGCACUGGCGGGCAGCCAGGCCUGGAGGGAUGGACGAGGGAGAAAGCUCUCAAUCAUGUGCCAGGCUCUGUACACAUAUGAGGAUGGCUCAGAUGACCUCAAACUUGCAGCAUCAGGAGAUGGGGGUUUGCAGGAGCUCUCUGGCCACUUUGAGAACCAGAAGGUGAUGUACGGCUUCUGCAGCGUCAAGGAUUCCCAGGCUGCUCUGCCAAAAUACGUGCUCAUCAACUGGGUUGGUGAAGAUGUACCUGAUGCCCGAAAAUGUGCUUGUGCUAGCCACGUGGCUAAGGUGGCUGAGUUCUUCCAGGGUGUUGAUGUGAUUGUGAAUGCCAGCAGCGUGGAAGACAUAGAUGCGGGUGCCAUCGGGCAGCGGCUCUCCAACGGGCUGGCACGGCUCUCCAGCCCCGUGCUGCAUCGCCUGCGGCUGCGUGAGGAUGAGAACACUGAGCCGGUGGGCACCACCUAUCAGAAAACUGAUGCAGCUGUCGAAAUGAAGCGGAUUAACCGUGAGCAGUUCUGGGAGCAGGCCAAGAAGGAGGAAGAGCUGAGGAAGGAGGAGGAGCGGAAGAAGGCCCUGGAUGAGAGACUCCGGUUUGAGCAAGAACGGAUGGAGCAGGAACGUCAGGAGCAGGAGGAGCGGGAACGGCGCUACCGAGAACGGGAACAGCAGAUCGAGGAGCACAGGAGGAAACAGCAGACUUUAGAAGCUGAGGAGGCCAAGCGACGAUUGAAGGAACAGUCUAUCUUUGGUGACCAGCGGGACGAGGAGGAAGAAACCCAGAUGAAGAAGUCAGAAUCAGAGGUAGAGGAGGCAGCAGCCAUUAUUGCCCAGCGGCCUGACAACCCGCGGGAAUUCUUCAAGCAGCAGGAACGAGUUGCAUCGGCCUCAGCAGGCAGCUGCGAUGCCCCCUCACCCUUCAACCACCGGCCAGGUCGUCCGUACUGCCCUUUCAUAAAGGCAUCGGACAGUGGGCCUUCCUCCUCCUCCUCUUCCUCCUCCUCCCCUCCACGGACUCCCUUUCCCUAUAUCACCUGUCACCGCACCCCAAACCUCUCUUCCUCCCUCCCAUGCAGCCACUUGGACAGCCACCGGAGGAUGGCACCUACGCCCAUCCCUACCCGGAGCCCGUCUGACUCCAGCAUGGCUUCCACCCCUGUUGCUGAACAGAUUGAGCGGGCUCUGGACGAGGUCACAUCCUCGCAGCCUCCACCACUGCCACGACCGCUCCCUCAAGAGACCCAGGAGCCUGGGCCCGGCCUGGAUAGUGAAGAGACCAGCAAAGAGGCAAGAGCAGCAACCCCUCAGGCCUGGGCUGGCCCCAUGGAGGAGCCUCCACAGGCACCGGAACCUCCCCCAGGGCAAAGCAGCCCCACGGAGGACUUGAUGUUCAUGGCAUCUCCAGAGCAGGCUGUCCUGGUUGUCCCUCUGGAGCCUGCCAUGGCCAACUCUGCCACAACUGACACCCCGGCAGCUGAUGCCAAUGAAACCGACACUGCCACUGCUGACACCGCUGUUGCCAACACCAUCACCCCUGCCGCUGCCAGCCUCAUCGACCUAUGGCCUGGCAAUGGGGAAGAGGCCUCCACACCCCAGGCUGAGCCCUCGGGUGCUGAGGUCACUCUGGCAGAGGUACCCCUGCUAGACGAGGUGGCUGCGGAGCCACUGACACUGGCAGGCAAAGGCUGUGCCAACCUUCUCAAUUUUGAUGAGCUGCCUGAGCCACCAGCUACCUUCUGUGAUCCAGAGGAGGAAACAGAAGGGGAGCCCCUAGCUGCCUCCCAGGUCCCAACUCUGCCCUCGGCUCUAGAGGAGCUGGAUCAGGAGCCAGAGCUGGAGCCAGAACCAGAGCCCCACCUGCUGACCAAUGGCGAGACCACCCAGAAGGAGGGGACUCAGGCCAGUGAGGGGUACUUCAGCCAAUCACAGGAGGAGGAGUUCGCCCAAUCGGAAGAGCUGUGCGCAAAGGCCCCGCCUCCUAUGUUCUACAACAAACCUCCAGAAAUCGACAUCACCUGCUGGGAUGCAGACCCAGUACCAGAAGAGGAGGAGGGCUUCGAGGGCGGUGAUUAGCGGUGGUGCCUGCCCUCAGGCUGCCCUUGCCAAGGCCGCCCACCUGUGUCGGCCUCUGGCCAGACGGCCCGCCGCGCCUGCACUCGCAGCAGCUCCGCCUGGCAUCCAUUCCGGAUUCCGGCCCUGACCCAGGACUUGGCCGCUUCCCUACCCACAGGGCCCAACUUUUACAGCUUUUCUCUUUUUUUUAAAGUUGAUAGGAGACUUGUACAGUUGACUGGUUUUCCUCCCGUUGGUAGUUGAGACGCUGUUGCAAAUUCUACCCCUUCCCCUCCCGGUCCAGAUUGUAGCUCUUAGCCCUCCCUGCUCACUCAGCUGGCCGGGGUGGAGGCCUCACCCUACUUGGGGCCUGGUGUCGGGGGAGCUCUGGGUGGGAAAAUGUCCCACCUCUUUUCCUAGUUUUAUGUUUCUUGGAAAAAUAUCACUUUGUAUUCUCUGUCCAGGGCUUCAGAUAUUUUGCACGAAUUUUAAAACAUGGCAAUAAAUGGC